GCAGGACCUCCAGCUCAGUUGAGCCAGAGCCAGGGAAGGAGCAAGACACCUCUGCCUUGCUACUGGUCCCUACACUAGGACUGAACUGUGCCAACCUCCUCCCCAAAAGCAGGACCCUGAGGAAGGGGAGCUGCAUCGAGUACCCUGAGGAGUUGCUGAGACUGCCAGCUGCCGAAUACCCAGGGGAGACUGAGCACCUAGAAGCAAAAAAGCCCUACAAACAGAUCUUACUUGUCAAAGUUUUCCAACAUGUCAUCAGUGGGAGGCUGGUCGGAGACCUUCUCUGCGACCCCAGAAGUCCAAGGGAUUGUUGACAAGGUGAAGCCACAGCUGGAAGAGAAAGACAAUAAGCCAUAUCCAGUCCUUGUAGCCAUAACAUAUAAAACUCAGGUGGUUGCUGGAACAAACUACUUAAUUAAGGUCUCUGUCAGCAACAGCACUGAUGAGUGUGUACACUUGAAGGUGUUCCAAAGCCUUCCUCAUGAAAAGAAGGGGCCCAGUCUUACCAGCUAUGAGACUGGCAAAACCAAAAAUGAUCCAUUGAAGCCAUUUUGAAUGAGAUGCUUGGGAUGGGCUCUUCUGUUGCUCUUUCUGCAGACUCCCAACUGAUACCACCUGUGCCAAUACAUGAAUGAAAAUAAAAUGAAUCUGAUUUUGAAAACUAA